UUCUAAUUCGCGUUCAUAUAUGUUUGUAGAUAUCCCCAGGUAGGUCGUGUCUUUUCCAUACCGCUACAUCCGUUCGUCUACCCGCUGCAAACACAGGCUCAUCACACGCACAUAUCUUCCUCUUUACAGCACCAAACCAAAUCACAUUGUCGCGGAGGUACACUCAACCAAUUCCACAGACGUCAACACUACAAAAAUGUCGCAUGUUGUUAUCAUCGGCGGUUCCUUCGCAGGGACUAAAGUCGCACAUAAAGUCCUCAAGGAAACGCCAAACUCAAAGGUCACUCUUAUCGACCCGUCUGAUGUCUUCUACUUUAAUAUCGCCUCGCCGCGAAUCAUCGCCAAGCCCAAGGAAGCCAAAGUCGAUCAAUACUUGAUUCCCAUCAUGGACAAGUUCAAGCAUUAUCCUGCCAGCAGAUUCACGUUUGUCCAAGGUCUUGCAAGCUCUGUCGACACUUCUGGAAAGAUUGUGCACGUAGAAGGUGGCAAAGAGAUUGCAUACGACUAUCUGGUUGUCGCGUCUGGCUCAACAACGCCUGGAACUGUUGGUAGGGAAGCUAUUCCAUUCAAGACUACCGGCGCAGAUAUUCGCGAAAAGAUUGAAGCGGCUCAGAAGCGAGUGGCAGCCGCUGACAGCAUUGUUAUCAUUGGAGCAGGACCUGUGGGUGUUGAAAGCGCCGGCGAAAUCGCUCAAGCCUACCCCAAGAUAAAGGUUACUCUGAUCUCCUCACAUGCACAAGUCCUUCCCGAUCUCAAAGCCUCUGCCGCAAAGUCAGCACACGCGAGUCUGGAAAACCUAGGUGUAAAGAUUGUUUACUCUGCACGUGUCACCGAGUCGAAGCAAGACGCUUCUACUGGUAGAUUCAUCGUCUCUCUCGACACUGGCACGACCAUUGAAGCUGCACUGGUCAUUUCCGCAGCAGGGAACAUCGCAAACACUUCUUUCAUGCCCCAAGAGUCCCUGGACAAAGAUGGCUGGAUCAAAGUCGACAGGAACAUGCGUGUCUCCACCAUCGCUGAUAACUCCGUAUAUGCGCUCGGAGACGCAACAAUGUUCAAGCAACGUUACAUGCUGAAGAUCAACGAUCAGAUCCCUGUUGUAGCCAACAACCUCAAGAGCGCCAUCACGAAGUCUGGAAAUGCAAAGACGUACGAUGCCAACGACAAACUCAUGGUAUUCGUGCCCAUCGGAAGCAAGGCUGGUACUGGGCAGGUUGGGGGGUUCGUACCAUUCAGCUUUAUGGUCGCGUUCGCAAAGGGCAAGGAUUACUUCAUGAGCAGGGCUGCCACUUUCAUCACUGCUUGAAAUAUUCUUUCCAGUCCUUUUGUCAGUCUUGUCUUUGUUUUGAGGUUUCCGGUCUUUCCAUAGCGUGCGAUAUCCAAUACCAUCUUAGUCAUAAAAUAUCGCGUAAUGUAUCUCAUCCUGCUUUUCCAUAAUUAUAUCGUUGCCAGGAAGUCUGAGGGCUCAGGCUGUACCCCGC